AUGAAAUUCACCAGUGGGCAUCAAGAAACUCGCAAGAAAAUCCGUAUUGCAGCCAGGGGGGGCCGGAAAGUGAAGACGGGUUGUUUGACAUGCAAGAUACGUCAUAAGAAAUGCGACGAGUCCAAGCCGGCCUGCUUGGAAUGUAUCAGCGCCGGGUGGAAGUGUGAUUUUGCCCAGCCUUUCCCUCCCGCAACUUCAGGCGACAUUGCUCGCCUGUUACCUAUCUCUUUGGUGCAUAAUCCUCAUCAUGCCCAACCUCCGCUCAACCUUGAUGGACUUCACAUGGACUAUUUCCGUGUAGUAUGUGCCCCAGAAUUCUCCCUCUACUUUGAGCAGCCCAUCUGGGAAACCCUGAUUCUACAAGCCGCCACGGCAGAACCCUCCAUCUACCACGCUGCACUCGCUAUUGGGGCUCUUGGUAGGAGUCGAUACUGCCCCGGAACAGACCUUGCAGGCUCUGCAACCCGUUAUUCGCUUCAUCAAUAUGGGUCGGCCAUCCGGGCACUACAAAACCGCUUGGAGACAUCCUCUCAGAGCUUAGAGCUAACAGUGCUGGCGAGCAUUGUUUUCGUUGUCGUCGAAAUCCAUCUAGGCUUAAGCAGCAAGGCAGAAUUACACGCCCGUGCGGCAUUGGCACUCAUUCGUUCACCGACGGGCGCACGUCUUCAUAAUCAUUCUUUAUUACACAGCGCAGCAUCCUGCUUCCAGGGACAACUUGAUUCUUUCCAGGUCUUCCAUAGCCAGCAGGUGAUAAAUCAAUAA